GGAAGAAAGGGAUGUUAGUGUGCGGAGGGUGGGGUGGCGAGGGAUGAGCAAAACAGGAACUCCAAAUGUACACAAAACACCUGUGUUGUUGUUUGUAAAGCCUGUCGUGCAUCUAUUACACUUCCUCCCUUAAAAACGGUGGCAGCUGGCCAGGUGUUCUCAGGACCAACUGAAGAAUUAGAAUGAAAUGUGUUUGAAUUGGGAAGAUAAAGAUUAGAUGAUGAAAUCCUGGAGUGCCCCUUCUGGACACCUUUUAAACUAGAGCUUUUCGUGCUUCCGGUGGCCAAGGCAGAUGACCCCUUAUACAGCCUGUCACUCUAAAUCGAUUUAAGAGAAUGGUUACUGUCCAGAGGUAAUAAACUGCAGAAGUGGAGUCUCCCCAGGGGCAGCUUGGCAUGUGCUGACCCAACACAGUGAAUGCACAGCAGUCAGGAGAAUCCCCCUGUCUUCUGCCCUUCCAGAGACCCGCAAAUAUUUGAGGCUCAAAGCCAUGUGAGAUCUUUGUGCCGCUUGAAGGAGAAGGCUUCCAUCCUCAAAGGUCUGCCUAGUGGCGUAUCUUGGUUUGUUUAUGCUUUGUGUCUCGUAUCAAGUUGACGAAAGGACAUGUAUCCAGUUUGCUAUGAAACUCUUGUACUUUCUGCUGAGUGCCCUGGGCUUGAUGGUCUGCGUGCUGGCCGUGGCGUUCGCCGCCCACCACUAUUCGCAGCUCACGCAGUUUACCUGCGGAACAGCCCCCGACGCCUGUCAGUGCAAGCUGCCCUCCUUGGAGCCGCUCAGCAGGACCUUUGUGUACAGGGAUGUGACUGACUGUACCAGCAUCACUGGCACGUUCAAACUGUUCUUACUCAUCCAAAUGGUUCUUAACUUGGUCUGUGGCCUUGUGUGCUUGGUGGCUUGUUUCGUGAUGUGGAAACACAGGUACCAGGUCUUUUACGUGGGUGUUCGAAUGUGCUCCCUAACAGCUUCUGAAAGCCAGCAGCAAAAGGUCUAAAAUACGUGCCCAAAGGUGGGAGAGAAAACAGCACACUGACUAGCUGGGGUCAAAAAAGAAAAAGAAAAAAGAGAAAGAAAAGGAAGAAAAAAACCCUUUUGGCAAUAUCUAAUAUUCACUGUUGUAAAUGACUAUUUUUCUAUUUUUCAGGAAAUAAGAGCAUUUCUUCAGGUUUCUAUUGCAUUUUUAAAAAUUCUUAUGGGGAAAAUAAGAUCCAAAUUGACUUUGGGGCUUUAAAAGAACACUGACCGGGGAAAGAAUGGCAUACAUCUAUUUUUGCAGGCUGGAGUUUAUUCCCAAUACAGAUUACCCCCACCCCUGCUUUCUGAAAGUAGAGCAUUCCCAUGAAAACUUCCGUAAACCAAAACGGUGUAAAGCUGUUUCGUAGAAGCAAAAAUCCUCCGAUUUCUUUCAUUUGGCGACAGUGGGUGCUCAUGUAGAUAGUUCAUAAAGCCAAAUGGCAUUAAGCAAACUUUCAGACAGCGGGGAAACCCUGUACUCAUAUUAGUCAUUAUUUAUAUCAUCUUCUUUCCUGUUAGUUCAGUUUAUAGCAUGCACUGGCAUUUCAGGCCCGCUUGCUAAAUUUUGCAGUCGUUUCCAGAACUUCCCACCUCCUCCAAUUCCCUUCACUGUGUCUUGGAGAAAGGCAGGGGCUGGGGGAAAAGCUGAGAAGCCAGGUUGACUUCUAUCAUUUUCCCCUGGUAGAGAUGUCUUCAAGGCAUGGAACAGCUUCAAGGAGCAGAGUAGAAAAAGAAGAGACUUUGCAAAGGCUAAAUAAUUAUCAGCACCUGGGCUGGGGUGGAGGCCUUUUCUCCUCAGCUCCCGUAGCUUGGCUCUGUAAGUAGAUCACUUACUAAAUGCUUUAGAUGAUUGUCUGCUUCUCAAUAAUUGAAAGUUGGUGGUAGUUGUAUUCUUAAUGAUGUAGAAGGCUUAAAAAUAAUUAUAUUAUGCUUCUAUUCUAUCAUCUAAAACAAAUCAUUAAAACUAAUUUCUACCUAAUUGUUAAUUAUAAUUAUGCUCAGAAGCCUACUUAAUGAGCCCUGUCUGUGCUUAUGUAGCACCAUUGGUAUUAGGAGAAAUUACUCUCACAAGAGAGAAGGCUUAAAGAUUCUUUCUUCUGAAAGCCAAGCUUUACAAGGGAGAAGAAAAAAACUUUUUUCUUAUUAACAGCUCAGGUUAAAAAUACUCAUUUAGACAAAAACAAGAGCGUUUGUAAUGGGAAAUGUUUAUACAAAUAGCACAUUUGUGAUACGUUCUAAAGUAUCUCUCUUGGCAGCUAAGUACUUUGGAGGAAGACUGGGUAGUGCCAGUGUGUUCCAUUCACAAAAGUGUGUCUGAUAUGUAAUCCCAUUAUUGAUAUUUAUACGCAGUCAACCUAGAGACUUAAACUAAUGUUUUGAUGUCCUUAUUUGAACAAAUGCCCAUUGACUUGGAAGGUAAUUUUUAUUUUGUUUUGUGUUUAAGUUACCGUGACUUAAAAAAGCACAAGUACCCUAGGGUGGGAGUCUUAUUAUUUGGUUCUGAACACUAUCAGUGUUUCAAGGAAGGAGCUCAGAAUGCAAAUUCAUGCAGCCUAAAUGUUAUCAAGGUCUUUAUUAGCAUGCUCUAUUGAAGUCAGACAUUCAAGGUAAUAAUUGAGAUGAAUUUGCCUCUCCACAUCGCCUAUUGAUAGUCAUGAAAUUCUACCCUAAAAGAAAAUCAUUUUCUUGUGUGCCUUAGAAAAUAGUUGAACAAUUCCACUGGUUGCGACAACAGUGUCAGUUUCUACACAAUAUAAAUAUCCAAAUAAAAAGAAAAACACGAAGUCAGUUGGAGAAUUGUAAAUAGCUUUUAUGUCCUCCAGAUAAAACACCUGAUUAACAGAUGUUAAAACCUUUUUUGUAUGUAUUGACUUGCUUUAAAAAUGGCCUUCCUACCCUCCAGCUCAGGCCAAGAACUCACACUGGAGGGCUUAGUGGAUGACUCUGGGGCAGGUUUGUUCACACACAAAAACUAUACUGAGAGAAUGCCAAGCAUCCUGAUCAUGACCUGAAAAAAAAAAAAAAAAGCAAUAACUGAAUCCAUUCUGAUUUGGACAGUUUCUGACAUAAGGAAGAAAAUGACAGAGACUGUUGUAGGCCGUUCUGUAAAGAGUGAGAAACUGAUGAUUUAAUGCUAAUUGCUAUGAAUCAGGUACCAUGGGAAGCACACCCUGAAUUCCUUUAACAUUUUUUUAUAGCAAACACUCCAGGUUUUAUAUUAGAAAAUUAAAAUUCUACACAUCACUAAGGUGCUCAGUGCUUUACAAACGAUUCACAGGGUAUUUCAAAAGGUAGAAUAACUUUAGCUUAUAUGCUUUCUUUUUCUAAAUAAUGCAACCAGGAAGGGCUGACACAAUAAGUUUGAUAAUAAUCAAGAUAGAAUAUGUGUGUGUGUAUAUACAUAUUUGUAUACACACAUAUGUAUAGGGGAUUUUGCUAUUGUGUAAUUAAAUCAUUCUUAAAUCUUCAAAGGAAAAACAAUAAUCAUAAGUGAAGGAACAAAUAAAUAAAGAAGUAAAAAAAAAAAACAAGAGAAGAUUUCUGUGCUGUGAACUCACUGAGUAUUGAUACACGUUAAGAAUUGUGUUGCAUGAAUAACAAACUGCUUUAUGCUGGAUUUAAAGUAUUUUGAGGUUGUGUUUUGCAAAUAUUGAAGUUACAAUAACCGGCAACAGAAAAGGAACAGAUACACAGCUUUACACUUAGCAAAAUGUUACAUUUAAAAUCUGACAAGGAGCCAAGAUGGUGACUCUCUCUUCUAAACCAUAAAACAGUAAGAUUUGCGCAAUUCUCCUCCUCUUCCACCUCCUUCAGGAGAAUUAAAUGAAUCAAGACUUUGGAAAGAGGGAAAUCUGCCGCGACUUGGCAGUACUUGAAAUUGGAGGAAUACAGCAGCCUAAAUGUACAGACUUUGUAACGGAGCCCACUCGAUCGGUCUGUGCCUUCACGUGACCACCAUCUGUGCCUCCCUCGCUCCGUCCAAAUUUGUGGAGGCAGCUCCUUGGAGCCAAGCCUAAAAAUAUAGCUACGCCAGGCCCUAGAAACUGUAGUCAAGUAACAGGCCUGACUUUUUUCUCUCUUUGAAUUAAACGUCUAUAUGAUCUCUUUUGAGGGGUUUCCAGACGCAAUGGCCGUGCGUUCUGACAGCGAGAGCCCAUUGUGUGUGUGUUUUCUAUUCACGGGCAGGACAUCAGGAUCUCUUAAUAUUCUUGUACUUCUCCUCUUGCAUGCACUGUAUCUGGAAUAUGUUUCUAGAUUUCUAGUAAAAGGUGGGGUAGAGGGUAGCCAAGGAAGGUUCUGAACCAUGGAGCGGUGAUUUAAUCAGGAACAAACUUACAAGUUGCCCUGAAAACCAGUCAUAUCCCAUCAUGAAGCAUAACUUUACAUUUGCUAGUAAUUGCCUCUCAACUAUCGCCAUGAAGCCGUUAAUUUCUGUAAAUCAUGCUGGCUAUCAGUUUUUACUAUACGCAGAGAACUCUGUCAUGAUUUUAGAUGUACACUGAACAUUCAGGACAGUGUGAAAGACAGCUGAUGGCCAAAUAUAUUGACUCACGGUGGAAACAUUUGUUUCGAUGAAGGCUCAGUGUUUCAGGCUGUGCAAUGAAUGCCUUGAUUCUUUUCUUCUGAUGUUCUCGAUUAUCUCCUUGAUGAUCUCAAAUGAUUAUCCCCUUCAGAAAUAUCGGUCUGCAUUUUGGUGUUGUGAUUUCAUUUUCCUGCCGUUGAUGAAAUAGUGAAUAGAAAACAAAGUGCUUUCUACAGGUAUGAAGUGGUUGUUUUUAAAGGAGAGGCAUAUAUGCAGAUUUUCUUUGUUAAUAAAAUUUUCAUAAUCUCCGGAAA